AUGGCAGAAGCCACCCUUCACAACGCCCCGAUAGUCAUCGACAAUGGCAGCGGCACCAUCCGCGCCGGCUUUGCGGGGGAGGAGAUCCCCUCGUGCUUCUUCCCCUCGUUUGUCGGUCGGCCCAAACACCCGCGGGUGAUGGCCGGUGGCCUGGAAGGCGACGUCUUCAUCGGCUCCCGCGCCCAGGAGCUGCGCGGCCUGCUCAAGAUUCGGUAUCCGCUGGAGCACGGCAUCGUCACGGACUGGGACGACAUGGAGAAGAUCUGGCACUAUGUGUACGAGAACGAACUGAAGACGCUGCCGGAGGAACACCCCGUGCUCUUGACGGAGCCACCGCUCAACCCGCGCAAGAACCGCGAUGCCGCCGCCCAGAUCAUGUUCGAAACCUUCAACGUCCCCGCGCUGUACACCUCCAUCCAGGCCGUCCUGUCGCUAUACGCGUCCGGCCGGACGACGGGCGUGGUGCUCGAUUCAGGGGAUGGCGUGUCCCACGCGGUGCCGGUGUUCGAGGGCUUUGCCAUCCCCAACAGCAUCCGGCGGAUCGACGUCGCCGGGCGGGACGUGACGGAGCAGCUGCAGCUGCUGCUCCGCAAGAACGGCCAUGUGCUGCAUACCAGCGCGGAGAAGGAGGUGGUGCGCAUGAUCAAGGAGAAGGUGUGCUACGUGUCGCUGGACCCCAAGCGGGAGGAGAAGGAUUGGAUGAACAACUACCACAAGUCGGAGACCAAGUCGGUGGACUAUGCUUUGCCGGACGGGCACAAGAUCAAGAUCGGGCAAGAACGCUACCGCGCGCCGGAGAUCCUCUUCGACCCGGAGCUCAUCGGUCUGGAGUAUCCGGGAGUGCAUCAGAUUGUCCAAGAUGCGAUCACCCGGACGGAUCUCGACCUGCGCAAGUCCCUGUACCUCAACAUUGUCCUCUCCGGAGGCUCGACAUUAUGCAAGAACUUCCCGGAUCGGUUGAUGCGGGAGAUCAAGCGCUUGGCUGUGGAGGACAUGAAGAUCCGGAUCUCGGCUCCUGCUGAGCGGAAAUACACGACCUGGAUUGGAGGAGGUAUCCUCGCUGGUUUGAGCACAUUCCGCAAGAUGUGGGUGAGCGCGGACGAAUGGCACGAAGAUCCCGAGAUUAUUCACCGGAAGUUCGCUUAA